AUGGCGGCGCCGCCGGCCGCCGCGGGGGCCGCGGGCGCGGCGGGCGCCGGGGCGCCGCCAGGGCGCGGGGGCGCCGCCCCCGCCGAGGACCCCGCGGCCGAGGGCGCAGGGCGCGCGGGUGCCACCGCGGACGAGUCGCCGCAGGGAGAGCAGCUGUUCGGCACCCCGCGCAGCGAGGCGCUGCUCGGCGGCCCCAGCAGGGCGCCGCAGCUGGCGCGGGGCCCCGUCCUGCCGGCGUGCGCGUGCGGCGCGCCGCCACAGCAGGUGUCGCCCUCGCCGCCUCCGGGCUCGCCGUCCCCGGAGGCGGCCGGCGGGUGCCCGCGAACGCCGCCGUGUCGGAAGGCGGCGGUGUCCUCGAUCAUGGACCUGAGCCCAGACGUCACCUGCGUCAGCCUGGAGGCGCGGCUGCUGAGCGCCGAGCUCUCGCCGUCGGAGUGCUGGCUGGUGCCCGCCGACGACGCCCAGUGCCCCACCACGGUGCUGCCCCCGCCGGCGCCGACGCCGACCCUGCAGCUGGGCGCCCGCGCGGGCCCGCCAGAGGCCGCCGUGCGCUCGCAGGCUCCCGCCGUGCGCCUGGUGGGCGCGCCGCCGCUGGCGGGCGCGCUGGGCGACCAGCCGGUGGACCAGUCCAUAGAGGCGAGCCCGCCGCCUGCCACGCCCGUCCGCACCUGCGCGACAGACGGAGGGGCCGCCGGCAGCCCCCUGUGGCGCCCGGCGGCGGUGCGGUCCCCUGCGAUGCCGUGG